UUGACGAGGUCAUUCAGACUGGAAUUGUCCCUCGUUUCGUCGAAUUCCUGAAGAAUCACGAAAACUGUACGUUACAGUUUGAGGCAGCCUGGGCUCUAACGAACAUAGCAAGUGGUACAUCACCCCAGACACAUAUGGUGAUUGAAGCUGGUGCUGUACCAACUUUUAUAGCACUAUUGGGGUCUAACUAUGAAGAUGUCCAGGAACAGGCUGUCUGGGCACUUGGUAACAUCGCUGGUGACAGCCCAGAGUGUCGUGAUCACAUACUGAACAGUGGAAUUCUUCCUCCCCUGCUGUCACUGUUGUCAAAGACAGCCAGGAUCUCCAUGACGAGAAAUGCUGUCUGGGCGUUGUCCAACCUCUGCAGAGGCAAGAGUCCACCACCUGCAUUCCCAAAAGUAUCACCAUGUCUACCGAUAUUAGCACAUUUACUGAAUCAUUCGGACUUUGAUGUGUUGGCUGAUGCCUGUUGGGCCCUUUCGUACCUCAGCGAUGGGCCUAAUGAGAAGAUCCAGGCGGUUAUUGAUGCUGGGGUGUGUCGACGUCUCGUUCAGCUACUCAUGCACGAUCAGAAUAACGUGGUCAGUGCUGCCCUCAGAGCAGUUGGAAAUAUCGUAACUGGUGAUGAUGUACAGACUCAAGUGGUUUUAAACUGCUCACCACUUCCCUGUCUUCUUCAUCUUCUCAGCUCGUCACGUGAGAGUGUGAGGAAGGAGGCGUGCUGGACAGUCUCCAACAUCACAGCUGGCAAUUCCGAGCAGAUUCAGGCUGUCAUUGAUGCCAAUAUAUUUCCAGCACUCAUUGAAAUACUGGGGAAAGCUGAAUUCAAGACGAGGAAGGAGGCUACAUGGGCCAUCACCAAUGCCACGAGUGGUGGUACACCUGAACAGAUUCGAUAUUUAGUCCUUCAAGGAUGUAUUCAACCUCUUUGUGAUCUUCUCACUGUUAUGGAUCCUAAGAUCGUUCAGGUUGCACUCAAUGGACUGGAGAAUAUUCUCAAACUUGGGGAGCAGGAUGUCAAUGUUCAUAAUGGGGUUAAUCCUUAUACUGUUAUCAUCGAGGAGUGUUAUGGCCUAGACAAAAUUGAAUUUCUCCAGUCACAUCCAAACAUGGAACUCUAUCAAAAAGCAUUUGAUAUAAUUGAACAUUAUUUUGGUUCUGAGGAGGAAGACACGAGAAUUGUUCCAGGUGUUGAUGCUCAGGGCCAACAGUUCCAAUUCACCACUCCAGACUCAUCGCAAAUGGCGGUUCAGAAUUUUCAGUUCUAGAUGAGAUUCACUGAGUUAUCGGUGGAACGUGCAUUAUAAUCGCUUAUGUUACAACAAAACAUCCCCUUCCCCCGAUGAUCAUUAAAUUAUGAUGAUUAAUAAUUAGUAUCGACCUGGGAUAUGGGGAAACUAUUUGUUGAUUUAAAUUACUGAUGAUUAAAUAUUGAUUUUUACGCUUUCUGUUGCAUGGGACUUCAUUCUGGCUAUUGUUGACACGAUCAGAAUCUGAAGAACUGAUUGAGAAUGAAAUAACUAUUGAUCUGUCUAUUGUCGUAUUUACUAUUUAGUUCGGAGAUUGGAGAUGAUGGAGAAAUGCCAUUUUAUGUGAAACACUUUCUUAACGAGCUCCAAUUUUUCUUUUGUUAUCAGUUUAUUUCUCUCUUCUUCCUUAUCAGCCAAAAUGUUAUUGUAUAGGUUCCACAUUAAUGAGGAUUAUCUAGAUCUUAAUACAAUACGUCAGAUUACGAUUACA